AAUUUUCAUUGGUCGAUUUGCCGUGCUUGCUGAUUGUGUUUUCCUUGAUCUCUGGGCAAUGGCGGAGGUCAGAAUACGGUUCGGGAGAAGCGCUUACAAGUAUUUAAAACCCUCUUAUCAAGCGCUUUGGGACAAAGAGAGCAAGUCGAUCCUAAAGGGGAGUUAUGUUGCUGAAUUAAUACAUUCACCGCAGUUCUGUGCAACUGAAAACGAUCGCGUUGCAGUCGAUCAUGGAGCCGACAAAAUAUGCCGGGUAUGUCUGGAUACUCCCAAAUUGAAAUCAUCUGAGACGAAUUCAAAAGUAUUUACAUACUUAAAGGUUGCUGAUGGAUAUACAGGCACCUUGGACUUCCUUACCGAGAAUACUUCUGGAAAUAUAUGCACUGACUAUAUUGGGUUGGAGACGCAUGUAAAACGUCCCUUAUAUAGCAAUGCUGGGAACCAUCAGUUUAAACGCCAGUUAAGGAGAUCCAUCUAUACAGGAACACUAUACGGACGUUCACAUCCUCGUAUAGGGCAGUUUACUUCGUUCGCAAGGGCAUACAGUAAAAACCACAAUAAUGGCAACCCAGGGCCGUUAUAUAAAUCAAAGUCCGCCUACUACGACAUCCUCGAGGUGUCUCCAACAGCAACGCACGCGCAAAUCAAGACCGCAUACUACAAACAGUCCUUCAGAUAUCACCCAGAUAAGAACGCAGGGAGCGAAGAUGCAACAUUUCACUUCGCCCAAAUCAGCGAGGCCUACAGCGUACUCGGUAAUAUAGCUUUAAAAAAGAAAUACGAUCAUGGGAUCCUGAGUCAAGAGGACCUGCUAAGAUCCGGCAGACCCACCAAUAGUGUCUGUCUGCGGAGUGCAAGAGAGGGGCCGUCACCAUCAGGUCAGCACGCACGAGCCCGACAAUCCCCAUCAGUUGGUGUCGACCAGCAGAACAUCUUUAACUUUGAUACCUUCAUCCGAGCGCACUAUGGAGAGCAGCUGCAGAGAGAAAGGGAGCUACGCCAUCUCAAGGAGAAGAUCCGCCAGAAACAAAAUAAGCAGUUUGAGGAUGUAAAACUGGGCAGAUUGAAGGAGGUGACUGUAGGGGUGCUCUUGGUUAUGGCAGUGUCAAUCGUAUUGAGUCUGAGUUCUAACGACUGAGGUCCAUGGACACUUGGAUAGAUUUGGAUGUGCCAAAACACGAAUGUAUGGAUCUGUAAUAUCAUCAUUAGGAUCUUUUUAAAUGAUUAAAUAAUUGUAACUCGUUUCUGCCCAAAGUCAUAGCUACUACACUAGAACAUGCUUGGUUGGGUAAAAUACGAACAAUCCCAAACGCCGAUUCAAACUAACCUCGAAAAUGCCUAUAUAUGACCCAAUCUUGGGUUGAAACAGCCACAUACAUAUUUAGGGGGUUAUGUUUUUGGUAUGAAAUCAUACCAAUUUCUUCAAUGACUUUAGGGAAGAAUCUAAUUUGUUUGGUUAAUACACUGGCCUAGUAACUAGUAAAUUGGUGGGAACUGGAUACCACAAUUUUUAGUUAUACAUAAGGAUGAAUGGAGUUGCAUCAGUAAUUGGGUGCUCCAACUCAGUUGUGAGCACUAAUCGCAUUAUUUUGCACAAGGGAUUUACUGUACGCUGUCAGAAAAAAGGUACAAAAGCUGUCGUUGGGGCAGUACCUUUUCAAAAAAGGUACACAUUUGUACCUAAAGGGUGCAUGUUAGUACCUUAAAGGGACAUAUCUGUACUUUGAAGGGUACUGUCCCAGUUUUUAACAGCUUUUAUACCAUUUUAUCCAAUGAUGGCUGGGUUAUUUUUGACCCAUGUUGUAAAUAUUGGACAAAACACAUGCCGUGGUAAAAAUGACCCAAUGUUGGGUUGUUGUUAUUCGACCAUGGGUUAUAAAUAAUAGCCCAGCAAUUGAGUUAAAACAACCCAGCAUUGGGUCAAUUUUAACCCAGCUGUGUGUUCUGUCCAAUAUUUACACAAAAAUAGUUCAAAAAAUAACCCAGCCGUUUAUGGAGUGUGUAGGUAAAGUAUUUCCCAGAUCUAGUAACUAUUUGGCUGGUCACAUCUGGGCUUUUCAUUUAGGGUUUAGUAAAACAGACCCAUAUUCUUUGGAUGUCUAUAACCUGAACAGGUUUCGUUUAAUUACUUAAAUUGAUUGAAAGGUGAUUUAAUAUUAUAAUAAUGGAAAGUAAUGGUUGGCUAAUGGUUCAGCAUCUAGGCUGCUAAAUCGUGGGUUUGUUCCCAAAUUGGGAGGUACCUGGAAAUAGAGAUUUGAUGAAAACAAGUACUGUGCCUUUGAUUCUUUAAAAAUGCAUAAAGUAUGCGUACUGUGGAUGUAAAGAAAAAAAUAUUAAAAAUGUCAACCGUUUUAUUUUAAAUUAUAUUAAAAUGUUAUCUCUCACGUUCA